AUGUUUGCGAGAACUUUGAUAUCUUCACUUCCUUCAGACACAGAUGUCAAAGGGAAGAAGCUUUGCAACUACCAAGGAUGUUGGUACUAUUACAACAAUCUCCAAGCAGUCUUCGAUUACCAAAAACACUUUAAGCCACUUGAUUCCGACAUAAUAGUCAGCUCAUACCCCAAGUCUGGCACGACUUGGCUCAAGGCCUUAACCGUCGCUUUACUUCAUAGGUCAAAGGAUAGUCUUCAGAGCCAUCCUCUUACCUCUGAUAGCCCUCACGGUCUUCUCUCAUCAUCUCCAAGGUUGUUCUCGACCCACAUGCCGUUGCAUACUCUGCGAGAGCCGCUCAAGGACUCUCCAUGCAAGAUUGUGUACGUAUGCAGGAACGUGAAGGAUGUGUUAGUGUCGUUAUGGCAUUUUAGGUCAAAAAUGGAGAAACAAGAAGCUGAAAGAAGCAGUCUCGAGUCUAUUAUCGAGUCGUUCCGCAAUGGAGUUCACACUUUUGGACCUUUAUGGGACAAUGUUUUGAGCUAUUGGGAAGGCAGUUUGAAAGAUCCAAAGCAUGUUCUUUUUAUGAGGUACGAGGAACUCAAAGAAGAGCCUUAUGCACAAGUCAUGAGACUUGCCGAGUUCUUGGGUUGUCCUUUUAGUCAAGAAGAGAUACGUAGCGGAUCUGUUGAGAAGAUCUUGAACUUGUGCUCUCUGAGUAGUCUGAGCAAUCUGGAAAUCAACAAGACCGGGAUAUCGUGGAAUAACUUGGAUCACAACAUCUACUUCCGCAAAGGAGAAGUAGAUGAUUGGAAGAAUCAUCUCAACACUGAAAUGGUGAACAAAAUCGACAUGAUCAUCGAUGAGAAAUUUCAAGGUUCGGGUUUGAAAAAUAUGUGA